AUGCUUACACAAGAGGAACAUAGAGAAGCAUGCAGAGUUUAUAUGCAAAAGUAUAGAAGUAAACCCGAAAAUAGAGAGAAAAUAAGACAACAAAAUGCUGAAUAUAGAAAAAGAAAAAAGCAAGAGUCAAUUAGACAAGUCAGUGAAAUUGGAUCAUUAGAAUCAACCAUUGAUUCAUUAAGAAGAAGAGUUAUGGAAUUAGAAGAGAGUUUGAGUCUUUCAAAUUUCAAUAUUUCAGUAUAUGAAAAAGAAAAAAUUAUUCCAAAAAGUUAUAUGGAUACCAUUUCAAACUUAAAAGCCCAAUUAUCACAAUCCUUUGAAGAGCUCGACGAAAAAGAUAUAAUAAUAUCCAAUUUACAACAACAAUCACAACAACAACAAUUACAAAUACAACAAUUACAACAACAACAAUUACAAAUACAACAACAACAACAACAACAAUUACAACAACAACAACAACAACAACAACAACAACAACAACAAUCAGUUUCUCCAUCAAUUCCAAUUUUACAAAAACAACAAUCAUUUAAUUUAGAUUUAAAUAAAGCAAAUUUAUCGUCGGCAUCAUCUUCCCCAUCUUUACCAUCAACCCCAACUUCUUCCUAUGCACAAUCAAUCCUAUCAAAUAAAAAACAAAAAAUUAUUCAAGACUCUUUUUCAAAUAAUUCAUCGCCACCAUCAUCACCAUCAUUACAAUAUACUCCAUAUUCGCCAGUUUUACCAAGUUCUUUAAUUUUAUCACCAUCAGUCUCACCAACCCCAACCCAUAAUCUUAGUACUGGCAAUCUCGCCUCUUUGGUACCAAACGAAGAAAACUCCAGCGGUAGCAGUAGCAGCUCAAGCCCACUUUACAAAUCAAAUCCAACUUUUAAUUUAGAUUUACUCUGUGACGUCUUACAAAAUGAAAGAGCCCUUCAAUUAAACUCUGAACAACAACAACCACAAGCUAUCAGUGACAAAAGAAAGUCCGGUGAUUUUAAAACAAGUAUAGAUUUCGUUUUAAAUGAUGGCCAACAACAAAAAUAA